AUGGCCGUGGCAUUUGGGAAGGAUACCUUUUUCCAGGGACCCCUGGAGAAAUCCUUACAGAGUUCUUCAGUUUCAGAAAGACAGAGGAACGUGGAGCACAAGGUGGCUGCCAUUAAAAACAGCGUGCAGAUAACAGAGCAAGACACCAAAUACUUAGAGGACCUGCAAGAUGAAUUUGACUACAGAUACAAAACAAUUCAGACAAUGGAUCAGGGAGACAAGAAUAAUGCCCUGAUGAAUCAGGAAGUUUUGACACUGCAAGAAAUGCUCAACAGCCUGGACUUCAAGAGAAAGGAGGCCCUCAGUAAAGUGACCCAGAUAGUGAACGAGACGGACUUGCUGGUGAGCAACACGCUCCUGGAGGAGCUGCAGGACUGGCAGCGGCGGCAGCAGGUCGCCUGCAUCGGGGGUCCGCUCCACAACGGGCUCGACCAGCUUCAGAACUGCUUUACCCUACUGGCAGAGAGUCUCUUCCAACUCAAAAGGCAACUGGAGAAACUGGAAGAGCAGUCUACCAAGAUGACAUAUGACGGUGACCCCAUCCCCCUGCAGAGAGCGCACCUGCUGGACAGAGUCACCUACUUGAUCUACAACCUUUUCAAGAACUCUUUUGUGGUUGAGCGACAGCCAUGUAUGCCCACCCACCCGCAGAGGCCACUGGUGCUCAAAACCCUCAUUCAGUUCACGGUGAAGCUAAGCAACCGAAGAUUUGUCCUUUGUGGGACACAUGUUAAAGCCAUGUCCAUUGAAGAAUCUUCCAAUGGAAGUCUCUCUGUUGAAUUUAGACAUUUGGGCUGUCAUGUGGUGACGGAAGAGCUUCAUUCCAUAACGUUUGAGACACAGAUCUGCCUCUACGGCCUGACCAUCGAUCUGGAGACCAGCUCGCUACCUGUGGUGAUGAUAUCCAACGUCAGUCAGCUACCUAACGCUUGGGCGUCCAUCAUCUGGUACAAUGUGUCAACCCACGACUCCCAGAACCUGCUCUUCUUCACCAACCCUCCACCCGUCACCUUGAGCCAGCUGCUAGAAGUCAUGAGCUGGCAGUUCUCAUCCUAUGUUGGCCGUGGCCUGAAUUCCGAUCAACUCAGUAUGCUGGCUGAGAAGCUGACAGUGCCGUCCAGCUACAGUGAUGGGCAUCUCACCUGGGCCAAGUUCUGCAAGGAACACUUGCCUGGUAAAUCAUUUACCUUUUGGACCUGGCUUGAAGCAAUAUUGGAUCUAAUUAAGAAACACAUUCUUCCCCUUUGGAUUGAUGGGUAUGUCAUGGGCUUCGUUAGCAAAGAAAAGGAGCGACUGCUGCUCAAAGAUAAAAUGCCUGGGACUUUUUUGUUAAGAUUCAGCGAAAGCCACCUUGGAGGGAUAACUUUCACCUGGGUGGACCAUUCUGAGAACGGAGAAGUGAGAUUCCACUCAGUAGAGCCCUACAACAAGGGCCGGCUCUCUGCUCUGCCGUUCGCUGACAUCCUUCGAGACUACAAGGUUAUCAUGGCUGAAAACAUCCCAGAAAACCCCCUGAAGUACCUGUACCCUGAUAUCCCCAAAGAUAAGGCCUUUGGAAAACACUACAGCUCCCAGCCAUGCGAAGUUUCAAGACCGACAGAAAGGGGAGACAAAGGUUAUGUUCCUUCCGUUUUCAUCCCGAUUUCCACAAUCCGAAGUGAUCUGACCGAGCCACAGUCCCCCUCAGACCUCCUGCCCAUGUCUCCAAGCGUGUAUGCUGUGCUGCGAGAAAACCUGAGUCCUGCAACCAUCGAGACUGCUAUGAAGUCGCCGUAUUCUGCUGAGUGACCAGAUAAACUCUGCCACGCCAAAGGAAGCAAAUGAAAAUGCUUAGAGACUGUUCUUUGCCAAAGAUAACAUCGUAUUUCUUCAGCUUUGUAAAUACUGGUUUCGGGGAAAUGGGAGGACUCUGGAGCACCCGCUCACGGGCCUGCCACCCAGCUGCAGUGCGAAAGCCGAGCUGCGGGGCGGCCACAAGCGGCAGCACCUUUAACAACAUGAUGCUAAAA